AUGGCGCCGGGCGGGCGGCUGGUGCUGUGUGAGGAGAAGGUCCGGGAGAAGAGCGGCCUGGCGCCUCGCUGCGACCUGGCUGAACUUCGGUCAUUAUCUAUUCCGGGAACUUACCAAGAAAAGAUUACUCACCUGGGAAAUUCUUUGAUGAAUUUAACAGGUCUAAAAUCUCUCGAUCUCUCACGAAACUCCUUGGUUAGUCUAGAGGGCAUCGAGUGCCUGACGGCGCUGGAGAGCCUCAACCUCUACUACAACCGCAUCUCCUCGCUGGCGGAGGUCUUCCGGCUCCGCUCCCUGGCGGGGCUCUCGGAGGUGGACCUGCGGCUGAACCCCGUGGCGAAGAGCGAGUCUGACUUCCGCCUCUUCGUGGUGCGCAUGCUCCCGGGUCUCCAGCAGCUGGAUGACCGGCCCGUGAGGGAGACUGAGCGGAGAGCGUCCCAGCUGCUCUUUGGUUCGGAGGGCUCACUGGACUCAAAGCAGAGCUUCCCAUCUGUUUUCCGAGAAGAGAGACCUCAUCACUCCAGAGUCAAGGGCACUGACCCCUCCGCCAAGAAGUGCUUGGUCAUGGACGCGGAUGACGAGGCGGUCCUGAGCCUCAUUGCCGAGUGCGAGUGGGACCUGAGCAACCCUCCUGGGGGCAUGAGUUCCAGCCAGAAGGAGUCAGAGGCCAGCCUCCAGAGCUCCCAAGCAGAGUCGCGGCACCGACUGAGCUCUCAGGCAGCCCAGCACCAGUGCGGAGACUCGCUGUGGAAGGGCCCUGAGCGGCGCAGGAGCGGCUCCAGGGCGGGCUGCGUGGAGCCGAGGCUGCAGGACCAGCGCUGCGGCGAGCUCCCCCCACAGCUCUUCACCCCAGCUGCAGCGCUGGUCCCUGAGCCCCGGGAGCCUGAUGGUGAGGGCUCUGCCUGCUUCUCUGUUACAGACUCCACGGAGGCCGAGGACUCAGGCGCUUCUUCUCAGAAGUCCAGUGUGUUGACACAAAAGAUGUUAAACCCCUUACCUGCUCCUGAGAAGUACAGGAAGCGGAGGAUGCCUGGCGGGAGGUUCCAGGUGCCUGCGGACGAGGCCUGUCUCAGCUCUCUGGAGGGGAGCCUGAGUGUGAGCCGGAGGAGCGGUUCGGAGGGCUGGGGCCAGGCCGCCUCUUCCCUCUCGGCCACCCCAGGGCCUGAGCAGCCAAGACCACCCAGCGCCAGCGAGGCGUGUCCCAAAUUGCACUCCGCCACGCUGCCCGGGAAGAAGGCCACCCUGGAGGCGCUGGUUCUGGAAGCGCUCCUCGACCUGGUGGAUAGGCACUGGAGUGGCCGCAGGUCCUUGCACAGCAGCGAAGCCUUCCUUGCUCAGGCGAGACACAUUUUGUCGUCUGUUCAAGAGUUUACACCCACUCAGGACACUUCGACAACUCUGAAUGAAGAAAUUAGCUCCCUGACUCUGGAAAAUAAGUCUUUGCAUAGUCGCCUUGCUGAGCUGCAGCAACAGUACGGCAUGCAGAUGACUGAGGUGGUGCUGGAACUCAGCGACACUCGGAAGGAGAUGGAUUACCUGAGGCAGCAUCUGGACAGAUCUCUGGAGGAGAGCAGUAGCUUGAAGUCGCUUUUGUUCAGCAUGAAGAAAGAUGUGAGGACCGCUGACGCUCCGUCUGCGCUGAACCUGCAGAUCUCCGGACUCCAGGCAAGCGUGAAGCGGCUCUCGGGCGAGCUCGUGGAGCUCAAGCAGCACCUGGAGCAUUACGACAAGAUCCAGGAGCUCACGCAGAUGCUGCAGGAGAGCCACAGCUCUCUGGUCAGCACCAACGAGCGCCUGCUGCAGGAGCUGGGCCAGGCGCGCGCGCAGCACCAGGCCGAGGUGGAGCAGCUGCACUGGAGCUACAAGGAGCUCAAGAAGACCCUGGCGCGGGCCCCCGGCAGCCCCCGGGGUGCGCGCCCGCCUCCCCACCGCGCGGACCUGUGA